AUGAGUGUUUAAAGACUGCCUCUCGAAAAAUAGGCUACUCCGCGUCAUAACAGUUCCAAACCAAUUCAACAGGUCUCAAGCACUGCAAGAACAAUUACUAAACCACCUCUGGUACAACAAGAAAUGAAUCCUGAUAAUACAAUCCUAUCAUUCAUGAAAUCUUUAGAUGGUAAAUAAGCAGGCAUUCUCAAUCGAUCCAUUAGAGAUGGAGAAAAACUACAUAAACCCUUAAUCAAACCAAGAACCUACAUCGCUUAAUAAAAAACAAUUCCAACAUCUAACGUAGAGCGAUAAAUUUUAAAUAAUCUGGAAACAAGAAUACAAAAGCUCCCGCAAUAUGAAUAAGAAUUAGUACUACAAAUUCUAGCAUCCAUUGAAAAUGGUUAACCUAAACAUGAAGAACUCAUCUCCUUCUUCAAAAGCAAACGAAUACACCUCAAAAUCCAUUCCAACUAUGGCAACAAAACUCAGGUUGGAUUAACUAGUAUUGAAUUGUUGAAUAAUAACAGAAAAUAUGUCAAAAUCAACUGCAUUUACUCUGAUGAUGAUUCCCAUAACACUAUUAAUAAUCUGAUCAAUGGACACAAUCUUACUAUAUACUCUGAAUAGAUGUGGAUUACUAAUUUUAGAUAAUUCCCAAUCACAAUCACAGUUUGUUAUCUACUUUAGGAAGAAUCUGAAUUUCUCACAUCUGUUAAAAUAUGGAAUUUUAAUAAAAAUAGAAAAGAAUUGGAUAAGUGUGUCUGUGAAUUAGAAAUUCUCCAGAAUGAUUAUGUCUUAUGGUAAGGUUAAAUUGCCAGAGGAGUAGCCAAUACAUUUUCAGAAUACGCUUAAACUAUCGAAUUACUACCAUAACCAUAACAAGUUGUUAACACAAUAAAAGAGAAUGAAACUCGAAUUAAGAAUCAAAAUGAUUCAACUUAACCAUUCAAUUAAUCAUCCCAAUCCAUUAAUUCCAAGAAAUCUGAUGAAAAUAAAGAAAUUAAUUUAUCCAAAGCAUCAAGUCAAUAAAAACAUGCAAAACCUAAAUUAAUAUUUGAUCCUUUUGAUGAUGAUAAGAAAUUUAAAAAGUUUGAAUAAAAAUAAGAACCAUCCUCAGUUAAAACAAAAUAAACAAUCCAUCAAUAAAGAUUCUUCAAGAAAUCUCUUAAUUUGUUCUCUUAAAAGUAAUUGACCGAAGAGGAUUCAACUAGUCCAUAGCUCAACUUCAAAAGAGGAGUUGCUCACAUUGCUGCAGGAACUACAUCCACUCGUACCAAAAAUAUUUCAAUUCCUGAAUGUCCUUUUGGAUCAAAAUUAAUUAUUAAAUUUCUUAAAAAUUGGGGAGAUCUCUAUUCAAUUGGAUUAACAGGUAUUGAAAUUUUUGAUUAUAAUGGCAAAAAAGUAAAAAUCAAUUCAGUUUCUGGUUUUUUCAGAAAUGCUGCGGUUUUGUUUGAUGACAAUUAUUUAACGUAAGAUGAUAAAAAUAUGUGUAUCGAAAGAAUAGAUAAAAAUAUGGAAAUUACAAUUAAGUUUAAUGACACUAAAUUAUCCAUGAUUAGAAUCUGGAAUUACAAUAAAGGCAGAACUUACAGAGCGAAAUGUGUUCGAAAUAUUGAAAUAGUUUUGGAUACAGAUUCAAUAUUCAGUGGUGAAAUCAAAUAAGCCAAUGGUACAUGUGGUAUUGAUAAUGCUGAAUACAUAAUGUUUACUAAUAAUCCAUAAAUUAUGGAAAAGAUUUAGGGAUAGGAUUGGCUUAAUACAUUACAUGAAAGUUAAAUACAAUAGUAAAAACAUAUUCUAGAGAAUACUGUCAAAUUGAGUAGACCGGAUACAGCAACAUUUAAUAAGCCUAAAGGUGAAAUUACAGCUUAAAAAUUUGCAAAUAAUAAUAUGAAUUCUUAAUUAAACAAAGAUUACUAACAUUAAAAGUCUGAUUCAAUUCCACAAAUUAUAAGAUAAGAGUCUGAAUCAAAAUUACAAUAAUUUCCUAAAAGGUUGUUCUCAUCUCAAAAUUAGAUUAAUGUUAAGUCUUUACCAACUGUUACUGUAAAAGUAUUAACGUUGUAUAUAAUAAGAAAUUGGGGUGACAAAUUUGUUGGCCUUGAUAAGAUUGAUAUCCAUGAUAAAUUUGGAUAGUCAAUGAAAAUUAAGAAAUACAAAGUCAUUACAUCCUAAUCUGAGACUGUUGUGAAUAGUGAUGAGAGAUGGUAAUUGAAUAAUGGGAAAAUAAAGAUACAAUUUGUAUUCAUUUAACCAACUCAAAUCAGUAGGGUUUCAAUUUGGAAUUACAAUAAAGAGGAUGAAUUGGAAAAAGGAGUGUAAAUGAUUAAUAUCAAAGGUGAUAAUCAAAUUCUAAAUACUAUCUAAGGCAUUUAUUUGAGAAAAGGACAUGGAUUGAGUGAUGUAAAUGAACCCCAAUUGAUUGAGUUACCUUAUCAAAAGAGAAUAGAUACUGUGAUGGUAAAUUACUAAUUCGAAAGAAAUAUAUAUUAAGAUUAUGAAACCACGCAAUUACCUUAAGGAACCAAGCUAGUUAUCAAGCUGUUGUCAACAUGGGGGGUAUUUGCAGUUAUAUUGGAUUGA